AUGAAGUCGGCAUCUCUCCUCAACGGCCUAAUUGCCAUUCUCACCGGACCUAGUCUGGUCGCUGCCUGUGGCGACGAGGAACACAGCUGCUACGGCCCUCAACACAAUGUCGAAUAUGUCCGUCAGGUCAAGCGCAUGCAGCCGGGCGCACCCAAUGCGACCUACGGGCCCAAGGGACCUCUCGAAUGGGGGCAAAUCAACUUUUUACACACGACCGACACGCACGGCUGGCUCGAGGGCCACAUCAAGCAGCAAAACUACGGCGCCGACUGGGGCGACUUUGUCACCUUUACCCGGCGCAUGAAGCAGACGGCCGGCAACAUGGGCGUGGACCUGCUGCUCAUUGACACGGGCGACCUGCACGACGGCACCGGCUUGUCGGACGCGACGCGGCCCGACGGGGAGCUAUCCAUGCCCGUCUUUGACGAGAUUGCCUUUGACCUGCUGACGAUUGGCAACCACGAGCUGUACGUGACCGAGGUGGCGUACCAAAUGUUCAACACCUGGGCCAAGAAAUGGGGCGACCGCUACGUCACGUCCAAUGUCAAGAUUCUCAAUCCGCAGACGAAUGCCUUUGAGCACGUCGGCGCCACCCAUCGCUACUUUACCACGGAAAAGGGCCUGCGCGUCCUCGCAUUUGGCGUGCUGUUUGACUUUGCCGGCAACUCCAACGUCUCCCAGGUCGUCAAGGCGGCCGACAUGGUCAGGGAGCAGUGGUUCCUCGACGCCGUUCACACCACGGAGCCGGUCGACUUGGUCGUGCUGUUUGGGCAUAACCCAGUCAGCCCCAAGGAUAAGACGAGCACGUUCAGACCGGUCUGGGACGCGAUCCGCGCGGCGCGCCCAGAGACGCCGAUUACCCUGUUUGGCGGCCACACCCACAUCCGCGACUUUUCCGUCUACGAUGAGCGCUCCAUCGGCAUCGAGGCCGGUCGCUACUGCGAGACGAUUGGCUGGGUGGCCAUGAGUGGCUUCGAUGUAGAAAGCGGCAGCAGCAGCGGUGGCUACAAGGGCGUCAAGAACCCGCACGGCGUGCCGAACCCGACGCGUCCGGCCAAGGAGGGCACCACCACUGCGUCCCCGUUUCGCUACGCGCGCCGGUACCUCGACUGGAACCGCAACACCUUCAUCUACCACUCGCGCCAGCAGCCCGCCACCUACGACUACCACUCGGGCAGCCGCGUCACCAACGAGAUUACCGACAUUCGCGAGCAGCUGCGCCUGGGCGAUGUCUACGGCUGCGCGCCCAGGUCGUGGUGCAUGGAGUGCGCGCCGAUUGACAGCGAGCAAAACCUGUUUCCGGGUGUCAUUAUUCCAGCCGUAUCCAAGAUUGUCGUGCGCCCCGAGCGCAAGGACAAGGCGCGCAUCAUUCUUGGAAACACGGGCAGCGUGCGCUACGAUAUCCCCAAGGGCCCGUUUACUUAUGACGAUAAUUUCAUCGUGUCUCCGUUUCGCGACGUCUUUCGCUACAUCAAGGAUGUGCCCUACGACAAGGCCGAGAAACUACUUACACAACUCAACAAUGGCCGCGCAGAUAAGCGCAGCGACCUUGUCUCCAUGGCCGCGCCGCAGGAUGAGUGCACAAACCCGACCAUGGGCUACCUCACCCGUCGCGAGAUGCGCGAGCGCCGCGGUCCCGUCCGCCGCCAGGAAAUCAUCACACCGGGCUACGUCACCAACGACGACUGGGGCACUGAUGGCGACGACACCAACCACACGGCUGUUCCGUUUAUGCGUAACCCCGGCUACUACCAGGGACAGGGCGGCUUCCCCGAAGAGGGCAGCCCCGAGGUCGUUGACGUUGUCUUUUAUGACUUUAUUGAAAAGUACAUUCUGCAGUACCUUGGCAGCGGGUACGAUGCCAGCAUGGUGGAUUGUUAUAUUGACUGCAACUUUACUUCGCAGGACUUUUUGCUGCCGUAUGCCAAGGCCGUCUGGCAGGACAACAUUAAUGACUGCCCUAUUGAUGGCAUGUAA